GAGAGGAGGAGGAGAAAGCUGGAGGAGAGCGACGUGCGGGCAGCCUGCUCACCGUGCACGAUGGUUGUAGAAGGGAAGAAAGCUUGAUUUUGUUUUUUGUUGCUUUGCUGCAGCUUUGAGUUCGUCUGCGCAUUUAUUGGGAAAUAAGCUGCAACAGUUAAAAAACCCCAAAAAACUUAAAAAGAGGAGGACUUUUUCUUUUCUUCUUCUUCUUAUUAUUUUUUACUGUUGAUCCUUUAUUUUUAUUUUAUUUUAUUUAAAACAACCUGCACCCAACUCCUUCUCGGACUGCUUUAAGGACCCGGAGGAACACCGACCUCCCGCUUGGACCCAACGCCGACCUGCGACACUUCUCUGGCGGCCUCAGCAGCAGCAGUUCCCCGGUGAGAGGAGGAGAGGGGGGCGCCUCGGUUAUAAACACGGACCAUAAACCCCGUUCUUCGAAGCUCUGGGAUCCGCUGGUGGAAGAAGAGGAGGAGGCAUUGCUGGGAUGUUUGAGCCGCGCUGUUUGGUGGGGUGACCGAGAGAGAGAGGGAGAGAGAGAAAGAGAGAGAGAGAGAGUGGCCGCAGAGACCGAGAGAGGAGCCGGGAGCAUGGCUCUGGCAGCGCUGUCUCUUUGGGUGCUUACGAGUCUCACCUGGGGCAGCGUGCUCCAGGUGCCAGCCAACAGGCACUCCGUUUACUGGAACAGCUCCAACAUACAUCUCCGCAGGGAGGGUUACACGAUGCAGGUGAACGUCAACGACUACCUGGACAUCUACUGCCCUCAUUACAAUGACAGCCAGCGCAUGGUGGGCACCGGAGAGCAGUACAUCCUCUACAUGGUCAGCUACCGUGGUUACAGGAACUGCGACCCUCAGCUUGGCUUCAAGAGGUGGGAGUGCAACCGGCCCCACGCCCCCCACGCACCCAUCAAGUUCUCGGAGAAGUUCCAGCGCUACAGCGCCUUCUCGCUGGGCUACGAGUUCCACGUCGGCCAGGAAUACUACUACAUCUCCACACCCACUCACCACCACGGACGCAGCUGUCUUAGACUACGCGUGUACGUCUGCUGCUCCACAGCCUCUGAUGUGGAUGAUGAGCCAGAGCCCACAGAACCAGACUACACGCUGAGACCAGGCCUAAAAAUCGAUGAUAUUGAUGAAUACAACCCAUUUGUUCCCAAACUGGAGAAGAGUGUCAGCGGAAGCAGUCCAUCCAGGGAUCGACUUCUCCUAACCGUGACGAUGCUCUUCCUUGCUGCCCUCUUCAUCUCCUAGCAGCAGGUGUGCCGUCAGCGUCACCAUGCCUUUCGGGGAAGAUGUUCGCUGUCAGCGUGUGGGACCGCUUUGGUCAGAGGGAAAAGCGAGGGCUUACAGAAGCAGGAGGGAAGAGCAGCAGGGUUUUUUUUUUUAAGCUAUACGUUUUUCAAUCGUCAACAUGCAAAUGAGUAAGUUUGGACAGCUGUUUUUUUUUUUUUUUCUUUUUUUUUUUUUUAAGGGAGCACCGGAAGACCUCGAGGGACUCGGUGACACAGACCCAACUGUUAAGUUGUGCUAAACACAGCCUGCUCUUGCAGGUGCAGGUGCCGUUGACUGUGUUUUGUUUCUGUGUGCAUCUGCUUGCCUGUGCGUCUGAGCAGGCCGCAGGGUGAGCUUGUUGAAUCAGGCUCACCCCUCAAAGCAUUUAUACAACCAGAGAGGAGGAGCUAAAACCUCCACUUAAAAGAAAGGACUCCAGCCACCCAAUUAUAAAUGAUUUGAAGAUUUUUUUUUUUCGGACCUGAUUGGCUAUAACACUUUCUUAGGGCUAGUUGCCAUAGUUUCUUGCACCAAGCUGAAAGGAGCAGAUUUCAGCAGAACUGAACUGAUAUCGCCUUUUCUUUUCACGUUCCUAAUGCUGGGAGCUUGUCCUAAUCUGCAAAGAAAAAUAUAUAGAACCCAACAAAUGAUCUGCGCUGGGUCUGGUUAGGAAACUAGACAGAGUAGCUAAUAGUUUAUACACACACCCAGAAAAGAACACCCCUGGGCUCAGAUGCAAGUGUUUCAUCAGCCAUCUAAACUGUGUCAUCCUACAUUUAUGUCUGAUCACUCUAUAGAAGGGAAAAGGAGAAAAUAAGAGCAUUUAAAAGAUGAAUCUUUUACUAUAUUGUAAUUUUUUGUGAGAGAAAAAAAAAAGAAUUUAAAUGUGCCAUUUACAGAAACUGCAAGGGUUUGUUAAUGUUUUAAUUUUCCGAGUUAGAUAUUAUUUCCGUCUAGUUUGUUAAACUACUCCGUUUUUCUUCUGACAUCUCUGGGGUUAACAAAGCACAUGAUGGCGACGGAGCAGCCACUCAGCAAUACUGCGCCUCCUCAACACAAACGAGAAGAGGAGGAGCGUGCAGGAAGGAGAUUCCUUCACAGAGCCACAAGCAUCAACAAACAAGUUCCCCGCUGGUCCAAGAUUCCACCAUGUUCUCUGUAAACCUUUCCGUCAGAUGUUCUGGUUCUGUUUGAGAGAGAAAAUAUGCUUGGCAGUUAAAAGAAGAGUUUUAAAUGGUACUAACAAAUGAUAGUUUAUCCACAUAUGGUUGUGUUAAAAGUACGGCAAAAAACAAAACAUGUUAUAGAGGCAAACUAAGUGCCACGGUGGGGAGAUGCAGCAAUUCAUUUCCAUCAUUCAGUCGCAUCAGAAUAGCAUUUCAAUAGUUACUAGCACCUUAUUCACCGUGGUCCCCCAUCCCUGAUGAUGCCCCAUAGAGAGUGGUUCACUGUAGUUUCUGGUGACACAGAUGGAGGUGAUGAUCAUACUGUCAGUUAAAAGAAUGAUGAUGAUCGACUGCGAGCUGAUGAAUGGCUCAUAAGGUCAUUCAUCAGCUCACCCACCGGCACAUGAGGCAUUCAGGUACUCGUGUAAAUGUCACAACAGACAUAGAAUGAAAUUUACAAAGUCUUGAAAUAUACAGAAGUGAAAUGUGCUGUAAGAAUCAUUAUAAACUUGAAGUUCUGUUUUGGUUUUUUGUUUGUUUUUUUUCCGUUUGUUUUUUUGUGAUUUGUGUUUUCUUUUCCAUUCUUCUGUAGCUGAUUAAUGAGGUACGGUUGUAACCAGAUAUUAACACUAUGUAAAAAGACAUGUCCAUUUUUUUCCUCCCUGUCUCACAUUGAAUCAGACAGAAAUGUUCCUAUUUUGGGUCACUUAGGAUGAGCAAAGUUCCUUCUAUCUGCUAAGAACACGUACAUUUCCUCAAUAUUUGGAUGAAUUAUCUUGACUUGGAUCAAAUAUUUUUGGCCAUGCUUAAAUUUCUCAGAAUAAUUUUCUGGAAAACAGAACCUGACAGAAUUGGUUAGAAGUUAGAACUGAGUUUGGCUGCUACUUAUAAGUAAUUGUUUUAACAGGUGACACCUUUAGUUAUCUGGGAAUUUUACCGUAGGUUUAACCAAACUCGUGGAAGUUCACAGCCACCUUCCUGUUAUCUUGACCCUUCAGAUUAAUUUCAUGAUAUUACACAAGGAAGUUUGUAAUUUCGAGUGUUGUCUAAAUUUCAACAACAGUUGACUUUGGCUGUUCUAAAUGGCCUAAAAGAAAUCAACUGAGACUGAGAGGAAAAAUGAUGGUCUUUUUUUUUUACAGUGUAUGUAAAUAUCUAUCUUCAAAUGUUUAUUUUGGUUAUGUUGAGCGGAUGAUCUAGGGUAAAAAUUUGCAAACUAAAAUGGAGAGAACCAUAUGUAAAUGUGGGCUGUGGAAUAUCUCUUUAACUCAUUUAAUUUAUUUUUUCCGUCUUUGUUUUAUUUUUUCUUUAUCUAACAAAGAUAAAGUUGUUGUUUUGAUAAGGAGUCAUAUUCUAUCUAUUGUUCACAAGUCAACCAUAAUCAAUGAAAGUAAGGUAUUUUAUACAACGUACAUGUGAAUGCAAGAUUUGACUCUUUAUUUAUAUAAUUGCUUUAAACACUUAAGCACCUGGAAAAUAAAAUAGUUUGAAGAAAAGGUCAGCAGUUAAUCAUAGCCUACAUCCCACAAAGCUUUUUGAUGGUUUUAUGUCUGGUCAAAUGAGUUAUUAUAUACUUCUAAAUUUCUUUUAAAGAUGUGUAAAAAAUCCAAUAUACAUAUUUAAUUGCAGUAGCAUAAUAUCAGCUUGAAAAAAUAUAAAAAAUCCAACCUUUAACUUUUUUCUUUGCUUUACAAAGUUACAGUAAAGCGUCUAGAAGUAGACGCUUUUUUGAAACUUGAGUCGUUUCUACAAAAUAAAUCUGGGGCUUGAGAAUUUGAAUUUAUAUAUCUUUUAAAAGUUGACAGUGUCUCUCAGAAUUUUGAAUGAGUAAUCUGUGACUUUCUGUGUCCCUUGUUCAUAAAUACAGAGGUCCAUUUCUCUUAUCCACUCAUUGUAAAGACAAGAAAACAUGUUGUAAGUAUGGAAGAUGUGUGUUGAUUCUCGUAAAUCAGGAUAUGGCCAACAGAAAUUACUCAGCCAAAAUUGACUAUAUCGACAGUCAUAGCAAUGACUAAAAAAACAGAAAAUUGGAACUCUUACUGUUUACUCUUCUUGCUUGUAGUCGAAGAGUCUAUUAUUGUUAUGAAAGUUUUAAAAUCUUUGAAGUGUUGAAUUUUUUACUGACGAAUGCAAACACCACUUCUAUAAAAUCUAAGCUAAACAGACAAGAGAUUGUGCCUACAAAUGAAUAACAAACGUUAUCAGACUUAUCCGAUACAGCCCAUGUGUACAUAUGGCUCUCAGUGGAAGAGUGAGGUAUUAAAAUGUUGGGUUUGGAGGGUUGAGCAUCACCCUGAAAGAGCAGAUCACUCUUCUAGAAGUUGCACUUAAGAACUCAAAACACGAGAGUGAAUGAGUGAGAGGCAGAACUGAUUUCUGCUCAUCACUGUAAAUGUGCGUGCGUGCGUAUAAGUGAACAGGUAAGAGACUGUGUGAGUCAUCGUCUGUGUUUUUGUUCCUUCGCUGUCAGUGAGAAUGUGCGACCAACCGUCUGGCAAAACAAAAGCAUUUAAUAGCGUUGGAAACAACAUUUACAAUCAUGUUUACCUUUGACUGGAAUGACUUUAAGUGAACUUGAAAAAUAAAAUGUAAACCGAACAAACCAUAACAGAGGUUAUAACAGUGAUCAAGAUAAC